AGUAUAGGUACCUGAACCAAAGACUGAAACACGAUUUAAGUCGCACUGAUCUAUUUUCUUGUAUUCAAAUAUGUAGCGCUGUUGCCAUUAUUAUUAGGUGUGCAAAUAACUUGGUAGUAUAAUCAUUGUCGGUGCUAUCAUCGUGUACACGAGCUAAUUAAUAUGUCCACACGGCCAAGUUGACAAAUGUUUUCAUGAGCCGAGUUGGCCAGGGUAGGUAGGUAGUGUGGCAGAGCGCGCCGCCCGGCAGCCGCGAGCCGCCCACAGCCGCGGCCCAUUCGCCUUCGAAUGCGCGACCCGGCGCGCCGCUUCCGUCGCGGACUCCUGAAACUUUCCCUCGCGCGGUUUCCCGACGCUACUGUUCAGACGUAAAACUUGUAAAUACUUGCACCUAGUAAUUUGUGACGCAAUUAAUUAAAAUACAAUCAUAAAUAGCUUAAAGUACCUGUGUGUGAUUAAAAGUGAUACUUUUUAACUAUCUUCUCAUGUGUAUUUAGGUAUAAUUAAUAAAUCAAUUAAAAGUUUAAAUUUUCUUACAACUUAUGUGAGAUUUUAAUUAAGUAAUAAGAUUAUAAAAGUGAUAAUACAUCCAUAUAUUAUAUGAAGAACAGUGGUGUGAUGAGAAGAGAUAUGUGAAAAUAAAUAUGCGGUAUUGUGUUAUGUGAACAGAGUACAAACAUGUCAUUCAAAGUGAAGCGAUUUGAAACAUAUUUACAAAGUUUACAGAAGUAAUUUCUACGUGAAGGUUAAAAAAUCUGUAAGUGCGCAAUGUCAACUUUGGGAGCGGGGACAAGCGUGCUAAUCGUUCUGCAAACAUGCUGAAGAGCGUCGUGCUGUGCACUCGCUGCGUGUCGUGUGUGUUAGCACAGUGAGCUCGGGAGGCCUUUGUGAACAGAGGAACGAACAAAGAAAACUGUUAUCACCAGCCGCCACCCUGCUGCACCUCGUGGUGUCGUCAUUCAUCGCCAUGGACGCAAGUACAACAAAUUCAACUCAAGAUGACGACGCGGAUUGGAGGAAUCACACGAUCGAUGAAUAUAUUGUACAUAACGGAACAAAUGACACCUUCGAAACGUUGUAUGACGUACCCACUGGGAUGAUAGUGUUGCUAUCGUUUUUGUAUGGCUCAAUAUCAGUGUUGGCAGUGGUUGGAAAUUUCCUUGUGAUGUGGGUUGUGGCCACGUCGAGGCGGAUGCAGAGCGUCACGAACUGCUACAUCGCCAAUUUAGCUUUAGCUGACAUAGUCAUAGGAUUAUUCGCUGUACCAUUUCAGUUCCAAGCCGCGUUGCUACAGCGAUGGCUGCUGCCACACUUCAUGUGUGCCUUCUGUCCCUUUGUGCAAGCGCUGAGCGUGAAUGUCAGCGUGUUUACGCUGACCGCCAUCGCAGUCGACCGGCAUCGGGCUAUCAUUACGCCACUCAGCGCCCACACUUCUAAACGUAUUGCCAAAGUAAUAAUCGUGGUGAUAUGGUUCCUGGCUCUAUCUUUAGCAGCUCCCAUGGCGAUGUCUUGGGAGGUUAUCUUAGAAGACGAAUUGGACCCAGUUACAAAAAUAUUUUACAAAAAACCAUUUUGUGCACCGAAUGAGUUUGGUUCACAUUCACUGGCUAUUUACAGACUACUGUUGUACAUAUUCCAGUAUGUGAUCCCGUUGUUCGUGAUAACGUUUGCGUACGCUCACAUGGCGAUGAAGUUGUGGGGAGCGCGUGCCCCGGGCAACGCACAGGAAACACGUGACGCCAACCACAUGAGGAACAAGAAGAAGGUGAUCAAAAUGCUCGUCUUGGUUGUGGUUCUCUUCGCUUUGUGUUGGCUACCUCUACAAAGCUACUUGCUACUGCAAUCUUUCUUCCCAUCAAUAAAUGAGUAUAAAUACAUCAAUGUACUCUUCUUUUGCUUUGACUGGUUAGCAAUGAGUAACUCUUGCUACAACCCAUUCAUCUACGCUAUCUACAAUGAAAAAUUCAAGAAGGAAUUCAAGCAGCGUUUCACCUUUGGGAAAAAGCCAAGUAGAUUUGUUAAUGAUAGCUACGAGGAUGGACAAUCCUAUCGCACUCGGAUUUUAUCAUUCCGAUCAACAAACGACAGAAGUGGUUACUCAACCAGAAAAUCUAUAAACAUGCCGCCGGGGGAUACUUUGAAAGUUCCUUCUAGGAAUUCUUGCCAUUGUAUGGCUAGUCAGAAUCGAGAAAAUGGUUUCAAUUUAAUGAAUACUGAAGAUAUCGACGGCCAUGGCAACAGCAGGAGGUAUUUGAACAUAAGGAUGACCAACACAGACAUGGGCAAAAGAAGAUUAGCGAAGAAACUAUCAAAUAGAGACGAAAUGCCCAUAGGAGACGAGAGAGUUAGUGAACUGUAUAUAUUCCCAAAUAGUAACAUUGUUGAAUUUACAGACAUAUCAUAUGAUGACAAAGUGUAAAUACGUUGAAUUAGAAUUAAAUUAAUUAUAUUUCUAGGGAUAAGAAAAUAUGUGAUGUGAUCAAAUAUAAUGAUAAAUGAAAAUGUAAAAUAUUUACGAA